GCCGCCGACGCCGCGGCUACCUCAGAUUAUGAGCCACUUCCGCCUCAUUGCUCUCUGACCCUUGAACUGAAGGGCCACGCGCAGGCGCUGUGAGCGAGCGGGCGAAGGCUGCCUGGUCACGCAGUAAAGAGGGGGCUAGGCUGGGUGUGGGACGUCCCUGAUCGUCAGCUACCCUCGCGGGCUUCUUCUCUGUGUUCUCGCGAGAGACAUAACUGCUGCUGGAGCGAUUUGACGUUGGUUCGCAUCGGGUCAAAGAUACACAGCUCUAGAAAAUGUGUGUUGGGAGGUUUUUCCAAGCCUUCUGUAACCACCAUGCCAAGAGACUGCGAAUCCUACAACGGUUCUCGAAUAGAUCCCCACAUUCAGUACUGUGGAGGAAUUCUGCAACCUGUCCCUAUAAGGCUGUGAUCUUUGAUAUGGGUGGAGUUCUCCUUCCUUCUCCAUACAAACUGGCAGCAGACUGGGAGGUUCGGAAUCGCGUGCCCCCCGGCACCAUCAAACAGGCCCUGAUAUCGGGAGGGGAGAACCGGCCUUGGAUGAGGUACAUGAGAGGGGAACUGAGGCCAGCAGAGUUUCUGCAUGAAUUCGAACAGCAGUGCUCCGAGAUCGCAAACGCCUCCGUCCCAGUGGACUCCUUUCUUUCGGAGUUAACCAGUGUCCAAAUGUCAGAGCAGCUUCCUGUUGUGACCGAGGCUAUAAAAUAUAUCCGAGCUGAAGGCCUCAAGACUGCCGUUCUGAGUAACAAUUUUUAUUUACACAACGGAGACAGUUUCCUGCCUCUUGACCGGAAGCAGUUUGACGUGAUAAUUGAGUCUUGCCGGGAAGGGGUGUGUAAGCCCGACCCUCGCAUCUACAGAGUGUGCUUGGAGCGCUUGGGCGUUCAGGCCCACGAGUCCAUCUUCCUGGAUGACAUUGGGCAGAACCUGAAAGCGGCUGCCCAUCUUGGAAUUAAAACACUGAAGGUUGAUGACCUGGAGUCAGCAAUUCAACAGUUGGAGACUCAUCUGGGUUUUGUCCUGCGAUCGUUCGUUCCUUACACGUGCUCUGUGAGACCGACAAUGGAGAUCCCCACAGAGCCUCUCCAGAAGUACCUCGAAAGCAUCUUCGGAGCUCCAGGGCCUCUGGUACUACGGCAGUUCAGCCACGGGCAGUCCAAUCCGACUUACUACCUCAGGUUUGGAGAUCAUCAGUUGGUACUGAGGAAGAAGCCGCCGGGCCCUCUGCUGCCGUCUGCUCAUGCUGUGGAAAGAGAGUACAGGGUUUUGAAGGCUCUCGCAGAAGCUGGCAUUCCUGUUCCUAAAGUCUUUGCCUUAUGUGAAGAUUCAAGUGUCAUCGGCACCCCAUUCUAUCUAAUGGACUACUGCACCGGGCGGAUCUUCAAGGACCCCUGUCUUCCAGGACUGGAGCCCAGCCAACGGAGGGCGAUAUAUACUGCUAUGAACAGAGUCCUCUGUAAGAUCCACAGUGUAGAUGUCAGAGUGGCCGGCCUGGAGGAUUAUGGGAAACAUGGUAACUACAUUCAGCGGCAAGUCCAGACGUGGAGCAAACAAUACCGUGCUACGGAGACGCACACCAUCCCAGCCAUGGAGAGGCUCCUUGCCUGGUUCCCAUCACACUUGCCAGCCAGCGAGGGCCUCUCUCUUGUGCACGGAGAUUUCAGGCUGGACAACCUGAUCUUCCAUCCAGAGAAGCCUGAGGUGGUCUCUGUCCUUGACUGGGAACUCUCCACCUUGGGCAAUCCUCUUUCCGACGUGGCCUAUAACUGCCUGGUGUAUUAUUUGCCUUCCCACUUUAGCAUCCUAAAAGGUCUGAGUGACUGCGACCUGAACCAGCUGGCCAUCCCCACAGCGGAGGCAUAUUUCCAGAUGUAUUGUAACCACAUGGGCAUUCCCCCCGUGGAGAACUGGAACUUCUACAUGGCCUUUUCCUUUUUCAGAGUGGCUGCAAUCCUACAGGGGGUGUACAAACGCUCGCUCACAGGUCAGGCCAGCUCUGCAACAGCUGAAAACAGCGGGAAGCAGGCUGAAUUCAUGGCAGACCUUGCCUGGGAUUUUGCCACAAAAGAAGGCUUUCGGGUCUUCAAGGAACCUCCAGCCCCCGGACCAACCUCCAGAGCAUUCAGUACGUGGGCUGAUCCGAGGCUCUUCCCAAAGAGGAGCUAUUCCACAUUGGCGCCUGCUUCCAAGUCCCACCUGGUUGUCUCUCCAGAUGGCCUGCCUGCCUGUGUUCAGGAGCUGCACCACAAGCUGAAAAAGUUCAUGAACACCCACAUUUACCCAGCUGAGCAGCUUCUGCGAGACCACCAGGCUUCCCCAAACAGGUGGACUCCUCACCCCCUAAUAGAAGAACUCAAGGAGAAGGCAAAGUCUGAGGGGCUCUGGAACCUUUUCCUGCCGUUGGAGAGCGACCCAGACGUGAAAUACGGAGCAGGCCUGACCAAUCUGGAGUUCGCCCACUUGUGUGAGCUGAUGGGGACUUCGCUCCAUGCCCCUGAGGUAUUCAAUUGCUCUGCCCCUGACACUGGCAAUAUGGAGGUGCUGGUACGCUAUGGUACGAAGCCACAGAAGGAGCGCUGGCUGCAGCCUUUGCUGGAUGGCAAGAUCCGCUCCUGCUUUGCUAUGACGGAGCCGCAGGUUGCUUCCUCUGAUGCCACCAACAUUGAAGCUUCCAUUGUCAAGGAAAAAGACACCUACGUCCUGAACGGGCGCAAAUGGUGGAUAUCUGGUUCCCUGGAUCCUCGUUGCCAGCUCUGCAUCUUUAUGGGCAAGACCGACCCCACCGCCCAGAGGCACAAGCAACAGUCGAUGCUGCUGGUCCCUAUGGAUACUCCUGGGAUCACAGUUAUCCGGCCCCUCAGCGUGUAUGGCUUGGAUGAUGCUCCAGCUGGCCACGGGGAGAUUGCUUUUGACAACGUGUGUGUGCCCCAAGAGAAUCUCCUGUUGGGUCCUGGCCGAGGGUUUGAAAUCGCCCAGGGGAGGCUGGGCCCAGGAAGGAUACACCACUGCAUGCGGCUGAUUGGCUUUGCAGAAGGAGCACUGGCUCUCAUGAAGGAGCGGGUGGCGUCCCGCGUAGCCUUUGGAAAGCCCUUAGCAGAGCAGGGCACCAUCAGGGCAGACAUCGCCGAGUCCCGUGUUGAGAUUGAGCAGGCCCGGCUCCUAGUCCUGAAGGCAGCCCACCUUAUGGACACUGUUGGGAAUAAGGAAGCGGCUCUUGAGAUCGCCAUGAUCAAAGUGGUGGCUCCAAGGAUGGCACUGCGUGUCAUCGACCGAGCUAUCCAGGCCUUUGGGGCAGCAGGACUCAGCAACGACCAGCCCCUCGCCCAGUUCUUUGCCUGGGCACGGGCCCUCCGCCUGGCUGACGGUCCCGACGAAGUCCACCGGGCAGCCAUCGCCAAAUUGGAACUGAAGCACUAGCUCGGCCACAUCCAGGAGCCGCCCAAGGUUCCAGCAGCUGGAGCUGAGGAAAGGACAUCCACGCUGCAAUUUUGGGGACGGGGGGGGGAGGAGGCGUGGAUCGACCUGGGCUGUUUUGCAAGUUCAGUGUGUUGCUUGCUUUCUGAGCCACUGCAGCUGAUUACUGAGCACAGCUGAUUAUGGAAUGCAAAAAAAGAAAAUGGACAAGCCAGCGGCUAGUGCUGGCCACAGCCGUGGGCUAAAAAGCCAGCCAAGAUUCGCAGCUGCCCUCAACUGCUUCUUGGAUACUCUGUUGAAGACCUGCUUGGGGAGCACCCAGAGAUCCAGGGCAGCUGGACCCUUCUUCAUUUUGUGAGGUGUUAAGACGGGCGUGUUGGAUACAAGCAAACCACUGUUACCUCUCACACAGCUUGCAUCUACCGUGGGGGGUCCAUAGGAUAGAGAUAAUGUGGCCGGGUAACCCCAGGGGACUCUAGCAGAGAGGUCAUCAACCAGCUGCACUUCAGGGUUUGCUGUGCUUUGUGGGGAUUUGGCACUUUGUUAUUCCUACUGUAAUCCACUGAGGGGUUAACGGAAAAGAUGGAAAUCACAAGAGAAAUGUUGAUUCUUCAAUGUACUAUGGAACGGUUGCAUAAAAAGCAGAGCCUUUCUGCCUUUCUUUCUGCUGUGGAA